AUGCUCUCCUCGAUUGUGUCGAGUGUCGACACAUCGGAUCUCGUGCUGCUCACACUACUCGUCGGAGGAGCCAUCGUCUAUUUCGUCUCCAAGUAUCUCAACCAACCAUCGUCAAGCAGGUACUCCCCAACAGUGGCAUCAGUCACACCGUCAGCUGUGGCCUCUAAAUCGAAUCAGUCAUUCAUUGAUCGCAUGAAAAAUGAGAACCGACAGGUCCUCAUCAUGUACGGAUCUCAAACAGGAACCGCCGAAGAGAUGUCGGGACGUUUGGCAAAGGACCUGACCAGAUAUUCCAAGAAGGCAGUGGUAGUGGACCCUGAAGAUAUUGAAGUCGAAGACCUGGCCCGUCUUACUGAGGUCGAAGAUGCUCUUUUGGUUCUCUGCAUGGCCACUUAUGGAGAAGGAGAUCCAACUGAUAACGCUGUCACCCUCGUUGAGUAUCUGAAUGCGGGAGACUGUGAUUUGAGCGGUGUUCGAUUCGCGGUUUUCGGAUUGGGAAACAAGACUUAUGAGCAUUUCAAUGAGAUUGGAAUUCAAAUGGAUAAACAGCUGGAGAAGCUCGGAGCCAAGCGAAUUUUCCAUUUGGGACUCGGAGAUGACGAUGCGAAUCUGGAGGAGGAUUUCAUGAUUUGGAGAGAGGCAUUCUUGCCAAAAGUAGCAGAGGAAUUCGGAUGGGAACUAAAUACAGAGGCAGAGACUAUGCGGCAGUAUCAGUUGGAGCCAGUUGAGGAGGGAAAAGCACUGUUCAAGGGGGAAUUCGGAAGACUUGGAGCUUACGAACGGCCACGUCCACCAUUCGACGUCAAGAAUCCAUAUCUGGCGACUGUGGCGAUCAACGAUGAGUUGCACACUGAGCACUCGGAUCGCAGUUGUAGACAUAUUGAAUUCUCGGUUGAAGGAUCCCGAAUCCGCUACGAAGCUGGUGACCAUCUCGCAGUGUUCCCAACCAACGACUCUGCCCUCGUCGACCGUCUCAUCUCGAUUCUCGACUUCGAACCAGACCGCACAUUCCGUCUAGUCAACGUCGAUGAGGAUGCAUCGAAGCGUCAUCCAUUCCCAUGCCCAACCACUUUCCGAACCGCUCUCUCGCACUACGUGGAUAUCUGUGCUCCAGUCAAAUCCCAUGUCCUCAAAGCAAUCAGCGAGUACUGUACUGAUGAGAGUGAGAAGGAGUACUUGAAUAAACUAUCGGUUGCCAACGAGGAAGGACUCAAAGAGUACGCUCGGUACAUUGUCAAAGAACGACGAUCGAUUGUCGAUGUGUUGACUGAUCAGAAGACGUGCAAACCGCCAAUCGAGUAUCUUCUCGAGCUGCUGCCGCGUCUUCAAGCUCGCUACUACAGUAUCGCAUCGUCGCCACGUGUUAAUGAGGAGAAGAUUGCAGUGUGUGCAGUGGUUACAAAGUAUACCAUUGGUGAUAGAUUGAUCAAUGGAGUGUGUACCAGAUACUUGACCACCAAGGAUGCCGGUUCCAAGUCUCCAGUCUUCGUCCGUAAAUCCACAAUGCGUCUCCCACACCGUACAACCACACAAGUGAUCAUGAUUGGUCCAGGAACUGGAUUCGCCCCGUUCCGUGGCUUCCUCCAAGACCGUCAAUUCCAUAAGAACGCUGGAAAAGAAGUGGGAGCGAUGCACUUGUACUACGGGUGUCGUCAUCCGGACCACGACUACAUUUACAAGGAGGAGCUGGAGAAAUUCCAAGAGGACGGAGUGUUGACCCACUUGAAUUGUGCAUUCUCUAGAGCUCAGGAAAAGAAGAUCUACGUACAAGACCGUCUUUGGGAGACACGCGAUCGCAUUUGGGAAUCCAUCAACGCCGGGGCUCACGUCUACAUUUGUGGAGAUGCUCGUAACAUGGCUCGUGACGUUCAGGCGACACUCCAGAAGAUCUUCAGAGAAGUCGGCGGAAAAUCCGAGUAUGAUGCUGUCGCCUACUUCAAGGACAUGGAGAAGACUAAGAGAUACCAAGCGGAUGUCUGGUCAUAA